GAAGUCAUGCUGUAUUUUGAAAAUAGUGACGUACAAACGGACUAGACAAUGAAAAUCAUUAGAAAAACAAAGUCGACCAACAUUACAUAAAUACACGAAAUCUUAUCGAAAUGAGAUGGAUUUUACAGCGCUACUCCUCUUGGGCGAGGAGUUUCUCGGUUCACUACUCCAUAGGAAGAAAUGUCAAUAAGCUACGGCUAUGCCGGUGUCCUCGACUAAAGUCUAGCAAUGGUGGAAUGAUAUAUGUCCCUCUCUCAAUUAGUCUGUUUGGGUUUGGUUCCAAAGAUGAGGACACUCCUGAAGACAAGCUCAUAACAACCAUUAAACGUUCGGUUUUGAACAUAAACCGUGGGAAUUUUGACAAAGCUGAACAAAUGUUGCAUCUCGCUCUUCGGAUGGCGCAAGAUUUACAGAGUAGAGAAGGCAUUACCUACGUUUACGAUGUGAUGGCAAAUUUGGCCUUAGAACGAGAACAAUAUAAAAAGGCUGAAAAACUGUUUACGGAGGUGAUGAAAAGAUUGAUGCAAGAAGGUUAUGCGGAGGACAAUCCAAAGAUACUUCACAUAAGUUUAAAGUUAGCCAAUAUUGCUCAGUUUUUGGGCGAAGUUAACAAAUCCAUGCUUGGAUUUACCUGGACCAUACAAAAGUUGGAAGACAUAUUAAGAAAUUCGCCUGAUGACACAGACGUUCAAGAGCUAUUGGGUUUGGCCCACUACUGGUUUGGCCAGCUGCACAUGAAAAUGGCCAACUACGAGGAAGCUAGGAAGUAUCUCAAAGAGGCUUAUGAGUGCUUCGUUAAAACCCAUGGUCAGGAAAAUGAGGAGUGUAUAACCAUCCUUAACAACUUAAGUGUUGCAUGCGAAAAAUUGCAGAGACUUAGUGAGGCUGUGAUGUAUAUAGUAGAGGCAUUGAAAAUUGUAAAAAAGACCAACGAUUCUCAACAGGAAGGCAUAUUGCAAUCUAAUUUGGGGCUAAUAUAUCUGCAGCAAGGGCUUGUAGAUGAAGCAAAAAACCUCUGUACACAGGCAUGGCGCAUGGGGCAAAGCAAAAACGAUGAAGCAACCGUGCAACAAGCCGAAUAUUGCCUUAACGAAAUCAAAGCUAAACUUGCAAACCACAAAUAGACGUAUUUUCUCUAUUUGUUUGAAAGAUAAAAGCACUCUUACGACUUGGUACGUUUCGGCUUUCUACUAAUAGAAAAAUAGAAAUAACCUGCACAUAGCGAUGUACAGUAUUAUCUGCGAAUUUUUCAAAUCUAACUUCUUUGGAAUUGAACAAAAUAAAUUUGAGGAAGAAAUGUAGAUACAAAUAGGCGAAAAGUCAACUAUUUAUUA